AGUUUUUGGUUUUGCUCCUCACGGUCAGAGCCGUUUCUUCUUCCACCAACUCGGCCUAGGGUUUCUCUGCAAUCCUCGGAAUUUGAAUUUCGGUUCCUCCUUCCUUAACCCGCCGUAGCUUCUCAGAGCAGAAAAUCGCCAUUGGAAGGAAGCGCUUACUACAAGAAAGUUGGGUUCUUUGGUUUCAUUUUUCCCUCUUCAAGCUCGGUUAAUCUCUGUGGGAAGAAGGGGAAAUUAGGGUUUUUUUUUCUGCCGCGGUGGUCCAUGGAUUACGACUCCCACCGUGGUGGGCAUGACUAUUCUUACAAUACUUACCACCGACAAGACCAGCAGAGGUUGUCUUCGGAGUAUGGAGUACAUAGGGCUGAUGACUGGAACAACGAUGACAACCCUGUAGAUACAGGAGAGAAUCGGAUGAAGCAUUCUGUUGAGCAUCGCCAUACUUCUUCCUCUACCUCUUCUUCCGGGAAACUAUUCGUAGGAGGAGUCUCUUGGCAAACAACUGAAGAAAGUUUUGCCGAGUACUUUCUCAAGUUUGGGGAACUUGUAGAUUGUAUACUCAUGACAGAUAGAAUGACCGGAAAGCCUAGGGGGUUUGGCUUUGUAACUUUUGCUGAUUCAGAGGUUGCAGAGAAAGUUCUGGAGGAAGAACAUGUAAUAGAUGGCAGAAAGGUUGACUUGAAAAGAACAGUUCCCAGGGAUGAAAAGGAAUUCAAAGCGAUAUCAAAGUCAAAGACCAAGAAAAUAUUUGUCGGUGGACUACCACCAUCUUUGAAAGAAGAUGAACUGAAGGAGUAUUUCUCUUUUUAUGGUGACAUAACUGAGCAUCAGAUCAUGUACGACCACAACACUGGGAGGUCAAGGGGCUUUGGUUUUGUUACUUUUCAGACUGAAGAAUCUGUUGAUAGGAUUAUCUCCGAGGGAAAAAUCCACGAGCUUGGUGACAAACAGGUCGAAAUAAAAAGGGCCGAACCCAGGAGAAACGGGAGGGAUUACGGUAUUUGUUCUCAUGAAGAGGGGUACUUUGAAAAAGCCAAUGGAGAUUACAGCAUGUACGCCGGCUAUGGUGGUUAUGGAACCUACCCUGGGAACUACAUGGGAGGCACUGCUGGUUAUGCCUAUGGUUAUGGUGGAUAUGGCUAUGGUUAUGGCUAUGGAGGAGGUUCAAUGUACAACUUCGGCUAUGGAGCUGGGGGUUACAGCCAACUGGGUGGCUACGGUUCUGCAGCUGCCUAUGGCGGUGCGGAAGUCUACAGAAAUGACGAAAACAGCUCGAGCAGUGUCAAAGGAAAUGUGAUGAAUGGUUCGGCCAUGGCACGGUACCAUCCGUAUCAGAGGAAGUAAAGGCAUUUGGUGGACUCUGUUCUGUUGGAGACUCGGUGGAAUUGGCAGAGAAGUGAAAGUGAAUGUGAAAGCUCUUCUUUUGUAAAGUUGGUUCCUUUUUCUGUCACAAGUUUGGGAAUGUUGAAAUUUGUUGAUUUGUGAAACAUCAAGUUAUGAAAUUGAUGUGUGUGUUCAAGUUCCAAUUUUGCUGGAAACUUGGUUAA